AUGAAGGAUAUUUUCAGUGCUGGAAGCGAGACAUCAUCAGGAGUUGUAGAGUGGGCAAUGUCAGAAAUGCAAAAAAACCCAGAAGUGAUGAAAAGGGCACAAGCCAAGGUAAGGCAUGUCUUUGAUGGGAAAAAAAAUGUUGAUGAAACUUGCAUUCAUGAAUUGAAAUACUUAAACUCAGUAAUUAAAGAAACAUUGAGACUACAUCCUUUUGCUCCUCUGUUACUUCCAAGACAAUCCAACGAGCAAUGCACGAUUAAUGGAUACGAAAUACCUAUCAAGACCAAAGUCAUCGUUAAUGCGUGGGCAAUUGGUAGAGAUCCAAGAUACUGGAAUAACGCAGAGAAAUUUGAACCAGAGAGAUUUUUAAAUAGUUCAAUUGAUUUCAAGGGGACAUGUUUUGAAUAUAUACUGGUCGGAGCUGGAAGAAGGAUAUGUCCAGGCAUAGCAUUUGCUAUUCCUAAUAUUGAGCUUCCACUCGCGCAAUUGUUGUACCAUUUCGAUUGGAAACUCCCUGGUGGAAUGAAGCGAGAAGAGCUAGACAUGACUGAGGUGUUUGCUUUGACUGUAAGAAGAAAAAAUGAUCUUCACUUGAUUCCCAUUCCUUAUCAAUUAUCAUCCUUCUCCUGUUAAAUAGUGAAACCAUAAGGACGAUAUGUUAGAUGCUAGUUUCUAUAUUUUCCAAUGAUACUGUAAAUUU